UUGCGCAUGCGUACGCACCAAAUCACGUGACCACCAAGCCAAAUUAUGUCCGCUGCAAAUCGCAAAAGGAAGCAGAAUGCCAAGGCUAACAACUCUAAAGUCGACAAGUUGGCUGAUAUCGAAAAUGGCGAAAGAAAUGAGAAGUCGAUUUGUGAUGACGAAACAGAUAUUACUGAACGAGUAAUCGACGGGCAUCCGGAUUACUGGAGACUCAAAUAUGAAAAACUGCUGGAACAGAGAACAACGGAAGCCGAGCAAAAGCUAGUUGAUAUCACCAAGAAGGCAGCAGACCAGUUAACAUCUUCGGAUGCACGUGUGAAAACUCUGGAGUCUCAGGUGACUGAUCUGGAAACGAGACUGUCUACAACGACUAGCAACCAUGUACAAGAAACAGGCAAACAGAUGGAGUCAAAACAUUGUCAGACAAUGGAAGAACCCACUAACAAAGACGAGAAAAAGGUGUCUGAAAUACAGAUGGUUAAUGGGUUCUACAACUUGUUGACUGGAAUCACCAUCCAACCAACAAAGACAAGUGACACAGUGGACACAUUCUGCUGCUCAUUCACUAAUGGACCACCUGGACAUGCUUUCAUGUUGCACUACAACAAGAUCCAACAAGAAGUCGAGUUCAAUCCGAGUGUAUCAGAUGAGACGAUGAGUCUACGUAAACGAGCACGAAGUAUUGGAAGAAAAGUGCUCCCUCUGCCAGAAUUCCUGUCUGAAGACAUCUAUUUUGACGUGAACUCAGCACCUAGAUUUCUUUACAGAGUUUUGCGUAGUGUACACGAGCAACAGAAAUCCAGCAGUGAAUGACGAAUUAAUCUACUGGUAGCAUUAAUUAACAGUCUCCUAUCUGAUAUAAUCUCAACAACACACA